UAAUUCUUUUUUUAAAAGUUUUAUACUAUAUCUGAAAUGUAUGAAAUAAAUCAUUCAGUUUAUAAAAAGCUUAAAUGAAUUGAAACUGAAUUAGCUUUUGUGAGCAAUUUCAAGCAAGUAUCGGAAUUUAUUGAAAACUUCAUAUAUGGGCAACGGAAAUUUGGAAUCUUAUCAUUAUUGUUUUACAAUAUUAUCAUGUUAUUUAUAAGAAUAUCUAUCUGUCACUUAUUACAAUUUUUUUGAAUAUGUAUUAUAUUCAAUUGCAUGUACUGCGACAUUUGCAGACUUAAUAUUAUUUAUCAAUUUUCUAUUGAAGUAUGGCUGUACGUCGUGGAAAAAGAAAUUUGAAAUUGCAGGUUUCUGAAGAGACACCUGCACCUGUCACACCACCAAGAAAUUUAGAUAAAAGAACUACAAUAACUAUAGGUGAUAAAACAUUUGUAGUAGAAGCAGAUGAUUUAGAAACAAUCUGUAUUCUUGGACGUGGAGCAUAUGGUAUUGUUGAUAAAGUACGACAUAAACAAAGUGGUACUAUUAUGGCAGUUAAGAGAAUAACUGCAACAGUUAAUACACAGGAACAAAAGCGUUUACUUAUGGAUUUAGAUAUUUCUAUGCGUAGUUCAGCAUGCCAGUAUACAGUACAAUUUUAUGGAGCAUUAUUUAGAGAAGGAGAUGUUUGGAUAUGUAUGGAAGUCAUGGAUAUGAGUCUGGAUAAAUUUUAUAUGAAAGUGUAUAAACAUGGACAUGCCAUUCCUGAAGAUAUUUUAGGAAAAAUUGCCUUUGCAGUAGUAAGUGCAUUACAUUACCUGUAUUCACAGUUGCGAGUAAUUCAUAGAGAUGUAAAACCUAGUAAUAUUUUAAUUAAUCGAAAAGGAGAAGUUAAGAUUUGUGAUUUUGGUAUUUCUGGAUACCUUGUAGAUUCUGUUGCCAAAACUAUUGAUGCUGGUUGUAAACCAUAUAUGGCUCCAGAAAGGAUAGACCCAUUAGGUAACCCUUCACAAUAUGACAUCAGAUCUGAUGUUUGGUCGUUAGGUAUAUCUCUUGUUGAAUUAGCAACAGGAAAAUUUCCUUAUGAAUCUUGGGGUACACCUUUUGAACAAUUAAAACAAGUUGUAAAGGAUGAAGCGCCCAAAUUACCAGCUGGUAAAUUUUCGGCUAGUUUUGAAGAAUUUAUCAAUAAAUGUUUAAUGAAAGAUUAUAUUGCCCGUCCAAAUUAUAAUCAAUUAUUGAAACUUGAUUUUAUCACAGAACAUGCCAAUAAGGAAACAAAUGUUGCUGAAUUUGUUGAACAUAUUUUAGAUAUUCCUGAAGUUGAAUAAUCAGCAUAGUAUACAAAUAUUUUUAUUAUAAUAUGUUACAUAAUCUUUAAUGUAACUUCGUAAUGUAUCAAAAUUAUUUAAUCAAUUCUCUAUAUCUAUUUCCAUCAAUCAUUUAUUAUUCAUUAAUGCACUAUAAUUUGAAAUAUAUUAUAAAACAGAAUAU